AUGGCUGCGCUGACGAUACAACGGAAUGACAACUUUCUACACACCUUUUUACAGGACCGGACCCCCAGCUCGUCCCCAGAGGGAGCCCCCAACGCCCUGUCCUUCCUGGCCACCACCUGUAGCCAGGCCUGGCAGGUGGGUGGCACGGUGGGCUCUGAGAGCUCCCAGUUCCCCUAUGAGGGGGCGGUAGGGGUGAGCUCAGCCUCCGGGAUGUUCCAGCUCUGGAGCAACGAGGUGGCGGUGGCCCCUAGUUCUAGUCUCAGCGCCUCCAGCCUCACUGCAGCCGCACAUCAGAUGACAUUCGCCGUGCCCAAGGUCCAGUUCCCUGUUGGCCCUGGACAGAGUCUGCCUUCUGGUCUGGGUCCUCACCCCCACGCGCUCUACCAUCAUCACCACCAUCACCACCACCACCACGAGCUGCCCCUGACUCCGCCGGCCGAGCCUCCCUCCGCCUACUCUUUCGAACUCUCCCCCGUCAAGGUCCUCUCAUCCCAGAGCCAGGGUCCCAAUGGGCCGCAGUACUACCCCCAGCAUAAUGGCGUCUCUGUGGGACAAAACUUUCCCGGCUUCUUUCAGAACUCUGUAUCCUCCGCCAGGCACCAUCUAUCCGGUGGACAACACCAUGUAGGGGAGGAGGGCCAGCAGGGCUGGUGGAGCCUCCCCCAGACCACUGGCCACGGAAGCCCCACCAACCACCACCACCCCUUCUCCCUGGGCCGGCAGCUGGUCCUGGGCCACCAGCCCCAAAUCGCAGCCCUCCUCCAGGGCACCUCCAAGGGCCUGUUAUCCUCCACACGCCGCUGCCGUCGCUGCAAGUGCCCCAACUGCCAGGCCAACGGCGGGGGACUCGAGUUUGGCAAGAAACGACUGCACAUCUGUCAUAUCCCAGAGUGCGGCAAGGUGUACAAGAAGACGUCUCACCUGAAGGCUCACCUGCGCUGGCAUGCCGGGGAGAGGCCGUUCAUCUGCAACUGGCUGUUCUGCGGGAAGAGCUUCACCCGCUCCGACGAGCUGCAGCGCCACCUCAGAACACACACCGGGGAGAAGAGGUUCGGAUGCCAGCAGUGUGGGAAGAGGUUCAUGAGGAGCGACCACCUCUCCAAACACGUCAAGACUCACCAGAGUAGGAAGAGCCGGUCCGGUGGGAACACGUCGGACUCUCUGUUGGCCAAUAUCAAGAGAGAGUAG